AUGAAAGAGCUCGUCGUGCAGGAUGCACCCAAGAAAAUCAAGAGCAUCCAGUUUGGCGUCAUGUCCAAGCAAGAGAUUGUCAACCUGGCCGAGCUCGAAGUGGUCACACGCGACAUAUACAACUUGCCUGAUCGGCAGCCACGAGUAGGCGGUGUACUAGACCGGCGCAUGGGUGUGAGCGACAAAGUGAGCACCUGUGAGACAUGUGGUCACCGCAUGGCUGACUGUGUGGGCCAUUAUGGCUACAUCAAGUUGGUCCUGCCCGUGUUCCACGUCGGUUUCUUCAAGCACAUUGUGAGUAUUCUCCAGAUGGUGUGCAAGUCGUGUUCACGCAUCUUGCUCGAGGAGCCAGAUCGCCGUCGUUUUCUCCGUCGCUUCCGUCGGCCAGGCCUCGAGAACUUGCAGCGCACCCAGACAUUCAAGGCCGUGAAUACAGCGGCGCGCAAAGUCCUCUACUGCCCACACUGUGGCUCGACCAACGGCACGGUGAAAAAGGCAGGCGUGCUCAAGAUCGUCCACGAGAAGUUUCGACAGAAAAAGACCGAAGAAGAGCAGCUGGAUUUCCGCAAGACGUUUACGACCGCCGUCCAAAUGGGUCACGGCGAAUUGGCGCCUCACCUGAACAAGGCACAGGAAGACUUGAAUCCACUGCGCGUACUCGACUUGUUCCGCCGCAUCUCUGACGAGGACUGCGAGCUGCUCGGACUCAAACCGCAGUUCGGCCGCCCAGAGGAGUAUAUCUGGCAGUAUAUCUGCGUGCCGCCCGUGUGCAUUCGCCCUAGCGUGGCUCAGGAUGGCGCCACCAACGAAGACGAUCUCACCGUGAAACUGACCGAGAUUGUCUUUACGAACAAUAUCAUCAAGUCUGGUCUGACCAAAGGCAGCAAAGGCACGACGACCGCCCAGCUGGUGGAACAAUGGGACUUUCUUCAGCUCAGUGUGGCUCUGUACAUCAACUCGGAAAUGCCCGGCGUACCGCCGAUGAGUGGGCACAAGCCCAUACGUGGCUUUUGCCAGCGCCUCAAGGGUAAGCAGGGUCGGUUCCGCGGUAACUUGAGCGGCAAGCGUGUCGAUUUCUCUGGCCGAACCGUCAUUUCGCCCGAUCCGAACCUGGCCAUCGAUGAAAUCGCUGUGCCGGAACGCGUCGCCAAGAUUCUCACAUAUCCAGAACGUGUCUUUGCGCAUAAUAUUGAAUCCAUGCGCGCGGCUGUGCGCAACGGGACAGAUACACAUCCAGGCGCCAACUACCACGUCAACGGUCGUGAUGGUUUUAAGCGCUUUCUCAAGUUCCCUGGCAUGCGGGACGACAUUGCUGCCAACCUCUGUGUCGGAGACAUUGUCGAAAGACAUAUACGCGAUGGCGAUAUCGUGUUGUUCAAUCGUCAGCCGAGUCUACACAAGCUCUCGAUCAUGUGCCACCGCGUCAAGGUCCGGCCAUGGCGAACAUUCCGUCUGAACGAAUGUGUGUGCAACCCAUACAAUGCCGACUUUGAUGGUGACGAAAUGAACAUGCAUGUACCUCAGACGGAAGAGGCGCGGACAGAGGCGCUCACGCUUAUGGGUGUCCGGCACAAUCUCGUAACGCCACGGAACGGAGAGCCCAUCAUUGCUGCAAUCCAGGACUUCAUCACUGCUUCUUACCUUAUAUCUCGUCGCGACCGCUUCUUUACUCGCGCACAGUUUGUACAGUUAUGCUCGUACUUUGGUGACGCUACACUGCACAUUGAUAUCCCGCCCCCGGCCAUCCAGAAACCAGUGCGUCUUUGGACGGGCAAGCAGCUAUUCAGUACGCUCAUCCGCCCGAGCAAGUCUUCGUCGGUGCUCGUCAACCUAGAAGCCCGAUGUCGCACGUUUGAAAAGCCGCGUGAUGGCCAUCCCAAGGAAAUGUCGCCCAACGACGGCUACCUUGUCAUCCAAAACAGCGAAGUACUGUGUGGUGUCAUGGAUAAAGCCACGGUCGGCGAUGGUAACAAGCAUUCUGUAUUCGGUGUGAUUUUGCGCGACUAUGGACCAGAUGCCACUGUGGCUGCUAUGAACCGCCUCGCCAAAACAUGCGCUCGAUGGCUCUGUAACCAAGGCUUCUCUCUCGGUAUCGGUGAUGUCACACCGGGCGAUCGACUGCGUAAGACCAAAGACCAGCACGUGGAGGAAGCGUAUCGCCAAUGCUCGGAUCUUAUCGACAUGGCUAAGCGCGGCAAGCUUGAAAACUUGCCCGGUUGCAAUCAGGAGCAGACGCUCGAAAGCAAGAUUUCAGGUGUCCUUUCAAGUGUGCGCAGUGAUGUCGGUGAAAUUUGCAUGACAGAGCUGAGCCGGCACAAUGCGGCCCUUCUCAUGUCCGUUUGCGGCUCCAAAGGAUCCAAGAUCAAUGUGGCCCAAAUGGUCGCGUGUGUCGGACAACAAAUCAUCUCUGGAUCUCGAGUCCCGAAUGGAUUCCAAGACCGCUCGCUACCGCAUUUCCCCAAGAAAUCUAAGGAUCCCCCAUCGAAAGGGUUCGUACGCAACAGCUUUUUCUCAGGCCUGGAGCCUACCGAGUUCCUGUUUCAUGCUAUUAGUGGGCGUGAGGGUCUGGUAGAUACAGCCGUCAAGACCGCUGAAACGGGUUACAUGCAGCGGCGACUGAUGAAAGCGCUCGAAGACCUGUCGACUCACUACGAUUUCUCCGUUCGCAAUUCCGAAGGCGGUGUCGUGCAGUUCCUUUAUGGCGACGACGGAUUGGAUCCUGCUGAACUCGAGGGCAAUGCUCUUCCAGUUGAAUACCAUCGCACUUUCCUUCAUGCUGCUGCAAAAACGGCUGAUAUACCCAGCCGCUACCUUCUGCCAUACGAAGUCAUGGACAUGGUCGAUGAGGCACUCUCUGAAGAUCGAUUCCAGCGCCUCUGUACUGCCAAGUAUAUCGAGCAGGUGCGCGACUUUUGCCAAGAUAAAAUCGCGAAACACAUGGCUCGUACGCGUGAAGUGUACGGCAUGUACCCGGCAUUGACUCGCGAUGGCGACUUUGAUGCUGACACAGACUUGUCUUUGGGCGCUGAUGAGGCCCAGCGUGCUAUCGUGGAAAAUAAAGCGCGUGUCUCCGAGGCGACUAUCCGCGAGUUCUUGUAUUUGUGCUGGGAAAAGUACAUGCGCGCUAAGAUCGAGCCUGGCUCAGCAGUGGGUGCAGUGGGUGCUCAGUCGAUUGGUGAGCCUGGUACUCAAAUGACUCUGAAGACCUUCCACUUUGCUGGUGUCGCAUCCAUGAAUGUGACGCUGGGUGUACCACGUAUCAAGGAGAUCAUCAAUGCUGCCAAAGCUAUCAAUACGCCGAUUAUUGCAGCCAAGCUUGUGAGUGAGAAGAAUGAACGGGCAGCUCGUAUCGUGAAAGGUCGCAUAGAAAAGACCUAUUUGGGCGAUAUCGCAUCAGUCAUCGAAGAGGUUUGGGCUGGAAAUUAUACAUAUCUAGGUGUGCAAAUUGACAUGGACGCCAUCCAAAAACUGCAGUUGGAAGUUACCCUGGACGACAUAAAGCGCGCCAUUGUGAACAUGCCUCGCAUGAAGAUCAAAGAGGAACGCGUAAUCGUACAGCCAAACCAGAACGCUUUGCACAUUUAUAUCCACUCAGAUGACAAGGAGAAGGAUGUUUACUACUCCCUCAAACAUCUCAAGCGGCAGCUUCCCAAAGUCGUUAUCAAGGGCAUUCCGAAUGCAAGCCGUGCUGUAAUCAGCGAUGAAAAGAACGAACGAAAGCUUUUAGUUGAAGGCUACGGUCUGCGCGAAGUCAUGACUACAGAAGGUGUGGUGGGAACACAAACAUAUACGAACCACGUGAUGGAAAUGCAACAAGUAUUAGGUAUUGAGGCCGCUCGUAACUCUAUCUACCGUGAAAUCGACUACACUAUGGCCAGUCACGGUAUGUCCAUUGAUCCCCGUCACGUCAUGCUCUUGGCCGAUGUCAUGACGUACAAAGGUGAAGUUUUGGGUAUCACAAGGUUCGGCGUGGCAAAAAUGAAGGAUUCAGUCCUUAUGCUUGCGUCAUUCGAGAAAACCACCGAUCACUUGUUCGACGCUGCGCUAUAUGGAAAAUCUGACUCUAUCGCUGGCGUAAGUGAGUGUAUUAUCAUGGGUAAUCCUGCGCAGACAGUCGGUACAGGUAUGCCGGCUCUUGUCUGUCCUGCGCCCUCGCUUCCUCCACGGCGCCCCUUGGUGUUCGAUCAAUAG